AAACCCUCAAGGAUACAUCCUACAAUAGAGAUUAUAUUUCAGCAAUGGAGCUUCCAAAUUACAGUCGACAGCUCUUGCAGCAAGUCUACACGUUGUGUAAAGAGCAGCAGUUUUGCGACUGCACAAUUUUCGUUGGCACGUUGCAUUUCCGAGCUCACAAGCUUGUCCUUUCUGCCGCAAGUCUCCUCUUUAAGUCCCUGCUGGAAACAACGGAAACCAUUUCCAUCGAUUCCUCUGUUGUGUCCCCGGAAGAAUUCUCUUUGCUGCUGGAGAUGAUGUACUCAGGAAAACUUCCACCGGGAAAACACAAUCUGACAAAAAUUAUCUCUGUGGCAGACAGCCUCCAAAUGUUUGAUGUGGCCGUGAGCUGUAAGAACCUCCUGACGGAGCUCAUGAAUCACUCCACCCAGAGCCAAAAGGUGAAGGAUGUUUCCAUUAAGCCAUUAACCUUGGGUAAACCAGAGGCCAGGCCUGCGGUCCCCAGGAGCAACGUCGUAAGUGAGACUUUUGCCAUCGAUAAGAUGUUACUGCCCAUGAAUACUGGGGGGAUGGCUCUAGCUUCUACUCCUGAGCAGCGCGAAGCUGAUAAAGUUUCAACGCUCACUUCUUCUUCUAAGAAGCUGGACACUAAUGGGAACCUGCACACCAGCAAUCCUGCACCUCCUAAGUGCUCCGCAGAACAAGUUAAACCACAACAGGGUUCCAAAGGUGUUAAAGAAAAGGAGGAUUGUGUGACUGGGCCUUCACAUGUUGCUAGACCACCAAGCCCUGCACAGAUAGAUGCAACACUGAUAUCUGAGGGGUUGGAUGAAGAACAUUGUCCUGCUAAGGAUGAAACUGUGCCAUGUGUUCAACCAAUACAUGAGGAGUCCACAGAUCAGCUGGUAUCUGAAACAGUAGUAGAAGAAGAAACCACAGACUCUGCUAUAGAGGAGACAUGUACUGGAACCUUCCCAGAGUCCACAGAACAAGAUGACAAACUGCCUCAAGCUGAGGAGAGUGCUGAGCCCGCAGCAAAGAAAAGAAGACUUGAUAAGCCAGAGUCGGAAAAAGCAUCGGGUGAGUUGGAUUUUCUUAUCCGUUAUGAGAGCAUCUUCAGCGAGGCGCUCUCAGACCCCCAAAGUGUUCUUGAAAAUCUGAAAAAGUGUGACGAUAUCAAAGAAGCUGAAAAACAGGUUGUGAUGGAAUGUUGCCAAGCUGAAGAGGGGAGUUCAACGUUUGCCAAACUUCUAGAAAAGGUUAAAGAUGGGCAGAGUAUUGUCGUUGAGACUGUUUUGGCUUUGCUGAAGUUGUGUCGUGACACCAAUCCAAGUGUGAAUGAAGCAUUGCUUGAGAAAGAGCCACAAUCCAAAGAUCCUGUGAAGGAAGUAGCUGUAGAUACAGGGCCUCUGGAACCAGUGGAAAGAGAAAAGACCUUAUUUGAUCUUCUGAUGGAACGAAGAGAAGAGCUGAUCCAGUGUAUUACAGAACUCAGUCCAAUCAUAGAGUGCCUAGAUACAGCAGAGGAGGGCUUUCUGACCAACAUUGAGAAGAAGGUGAUCACUGACUGCUGUGAAUGUGGAUCACAUAAGGAAGCUAUGGAUAAAAUGUUGAGGAAAGCAUCAGAAACCAAAACCCUGUGCCCCGACAGUCUCGUCAAGCUUCUUCAAGCUGUCAGAGAAGCAUUUCCUGAUCUCCACACUUUGCUUGAUCAACUGGAGCCACACAGCAAAAAAUCCAACAUUCAAGGCAAGCUGAGUGCAGCCGAUUAUGGAGCAGAGUUGCUAAAACAAUAUCAGGAGAAUUUUUCGGAGGUGGUGAACGAAGCUGAUGUCAUCCUUGGUGGCAUUUCAACAGCAUUGUAUUUAACAGAUCACGAGAAAGAGAUGAUGGAGCAGAUUGUCAGGAAAAACUGCAACACGCGCAUUUUUGGCAUUUUGAUAUUCACAGUUUUUGAAGAACAAACGUUACCUGCAAUGGCUGUCUGGCAGUUACUUUUAGCCAUGGAAGAACUGAGCCCAGCUGUGAGGUCUCUGAUGGAGGAGGUCCGUAAAGAACCAGGAGCUGAUGUCUUCUUCCAGAGUGUGUUGAAUAGAGAAAACGAGGUCGCUGAAAUUUUGAUUCACCAUAGCUCGUUAAUUGCACAAGCAUUUAGGCAGUGUGAGCACCUUAGUUCAUUGGCAUCUGAAGAUGAAGCCUUGAGUGAUCUGCUGAAAGAGCUGUUAAGUAUCCAAGAUCAACCAGAAGAUGGAGAUUUGUCUUCAAAGAUGGUUCUGAGUGCUGCACUACAGAACAAUAUCCCUGUCAUGAAGUUCUGCCACUUGCUGUGCACUGCCAAAGACUCUGCCCCUGAAUUAAAGCCCGUGUUCAAAGAUCUGGAGCAAAAUGGGCUGCUGGUGGAUGGUAAGUGCAACUUCCACAGUGAUGACAAGUGGAACGAUGGCAAUGACUGUCACAUGGAUGCCGUUGAAGAGAUUGGGGACAGGAACGAAGAGGAUGAGGAAGCUAAGGAUGAUGAAAAUGAAGAGAUGGAUUCAGAAAAAGAGAGGGUAGAACUCGCUCAAGAAAAGGGUUCAAAGAAAAACUUUAUUUGCAAAUCCUGCGACAAGAUAUUCCUCUUCCGCUGUCGUCUGGAGGUUCAUAUGAAGCGCUGCAGAAUGGCAAAAAGGAAUCCUUUACAGUGCAAGGACUGCAAUGUGGUGCAAGCCUCCAAGAAAGAGCUGGACCAGCACAGAGAAGAAGUGCAUGGCUACCUGAUUUCUCGGAAUAACAAAGGCAAAAGGAGAAUGCUGGUUACUUGUGACAUUUGUGGCAAGGAGUUUGCUCAUCCUUCAGGUCUUCAGUAUCAUAAACGAACAGAGCAUUUUGAUGAGAAGCCAUUCUCCUGCGAGGAAUGCGGUGCCAAGUUUGCUGCAAACUCCACCCUGAAAAACCACCAGCGUCUCCAUACGGGGGAACGUCCUUUUGUGUGCAAGCACUGCCAUAUGACCUUUACACAGGCUGCCGCCCUCUCCUACCACACCAAGAAGAAGCAUUCUGAAGGAAAGAUGUAUGUGUGCCAGUACUGCGACGCUGUCUUUGCACAAUCCAUAGAGCUGACGCGGCAUGUUAGAACUCAUACUGGAGACAAGCCUUACGUCUGUCGAGAGUGCGGGAAAGGUUUCAGCCAGGCCAAUGGACUUUCCAUACAUCUGCGCACAUUCCACAACAUUGAAGAUCCAUAUGACUGUCAGAAGUGUAGAAUGAGUUUCCCAACUUUGGAGGAGAACAGACAACACAUCCAGGUUGUACAUUCCAAGGAGUAUCACCCGUGUCCGUCAUGUGAGAAGAUUUUCAGCGCCCCCUCUCUUCUAGAACGUCACAUUGUCACCCAUGUUGGAGGAAAGCCUUACAACUGUGAUAUUUGUGAUAAGGCCUAUCAGCAACUGUCUGGCUUGUGGUACCAUAAUCGCACACAUCAUCCAGACCUGUUUGCUGCUCAGAAUCAUCGUUCUUCCAAGUUCUCUGCUGCGCAGUGCAGUUCCUGUGAACAGGUUUUCUCCAACACCUCGACACUCCAGAAACACACAAAAUUAGAGCAUCCGGAUGGGAAGGUGUAUGAAUGUGAUAAAUGUAAGCAGACCUACCCCACGCCUGCCGCACUACAAGUUCACAUCAAAUGCAAACACUCAGGGUCCCAGCCGUUCCAGUGUCUUUACUGCAGCGAGUGUUUCCAGUUCCCUGGAGCCCUGCAGCACCAUGUUGCCACCAACCACUUUAACGAAACGGAGAACACAUUUGGUUGUGAACUGUGUGGGGAGCUUUUUACUUCCCAGACUCAGCUAGAGACACACUAUGAAUCAGACCACCCCAGCAUUGUAAUAGAAGAAACUGAAGGAGAGAAUGCUCAGGUUGUACAGGUUAUACAGACCCAGGAUCAAGUCACCGCUACAGAGCAAGUGAUCACGUUGGACGAAUCACAGCUGGCCGGCUCCCAAGUAAUCGUGGCACUACCAGAUUCCCAAACCAACCAGGCUACCGCUACAGAACUCGUAGCAGUCAGCAUGGAGGAUUUAUUUGACGGAACAGUAACAUUAAUUUGUGGGGAUCCUGUCCCCGGAGUAACGCAGAGAACUCAAAGCUAAGGAAACUUUCCACGACUUGGAUAUACUAUAGUUGUAAUUUACAAAAGGAAUUUUUAUACCGCAUUUGUUAAUUUUAUUUUAGGUUUUUGUUUUCUUUUUAAUACUGUGUCUGGCACCUCAUUGCUUUUUAUUUAUUUUUUUCAUUUCCUCCUCCAUGACAGCUUGCAAUCGCUCUUCAUUUUGUUUGCUGUAUGACAUUUUUCAAGACUUAACUUAGUUUUAGUGACCACACUAAUUGCCUUCACUCACUUUGUGUUAUUGUAUUGCAGAGGUCCCCAGCCUGUGUCUGUUUGUGAGUGCCACUUGGAUAUCACAAGUGGGGGUAAUGUAAAGUGCAGCACCUUACCAACCAAUCAGAAUUUAUCUUUCAAAGCCCUUCUUCUGUUUAGUUUUGCAUUGUACAUUUUCUUGGCCAUCUCCUUCUA